CCAGUGCUCAGAGUCACUCCCCUGUCUGUCUCCAAGUCCAAGAUCACACCGCGCUUUCUUCCUUCCCCGUCGCCGAUCCAGACGAAGCGCCGCACGCCGGUUCCCUUCACCCCCGCCCGCCAACGUCUCCGGCCAGGUUGGAUCCAUGGCGGAAAAGAAGGUCGUGCUGAAGCUGGACCUGCACGACGACAAGCAGAAGCAGAGGGCUCUCAAGGUCGUCUCCACUCUCCACGGCAUCGACCAGAUCGCCGUGGACAUGAAGGACCAGAAGAUGACGGUGGUGGGCACCGUCGACCCCGUGGACCUCGUCGGCAGGCUGCGCAGCAAGCUCUUCCCCACGGCGCAGAUGCUCUCCGUCGGCCCGGCCAAGGAGGAGAAGAAGGACGGCGGCGCCAAGAAGGACGACGGCAAGAAGGAUGGCGACAAGAAGGAGCCGAUCCCGGUGUACACGCCGUGGUACCCGCCGCCGCCGCCGCUGUACCACCCGCACCCGUACUACCACAACCACAGCGCCGAGGAGGACCCCAGCUCCUGCGUCAUCUGCUGAUCGGCGCGCGCCGCUCCCUUGUACAUUUUGUAGCUGGCCGUGUGCUCUGCUGCCUGCCGGUCGACCAUGCCUGCUACGGUGAUCGACGGCGUGCACCAUACUUAAGGCCGUUUAAGGAUUUUGCGCCAGUGAUCCGGCUGCUGUGCUUGUGCAUCUGCUUAGUUUAUAAAGUGCAGAUAUGGAAUUUAUUAGUGUGUAGUGUAGAAUUACUACUAGAUAGAACUGCUGGAGUUGGAUUUUGAGUGAAAGUUCACCGAGUGCUCUGCUCUCCAAUGUGAUAACAGAGUAGUGAAAUAAUUAGAUCAAGUGCUCUGCUCUCUGGUGUGGAAAGAAAAUAGUGAAGCCCAAUAAAUAAAUUGAAGGUGCAAGAGA